AUGAUAUUCUUCAUCUUUCUAUCAUUGCUUAUAGCAAUAAUUCAAUGUGAACCAUUGGUGGAAAAUUUAGGACAGAUUAGUAGUUUUGAUUCGAAUGAUAAUAUCACCGAGAUAUCCCGGCGAGCUGCACGAUUUAAACGGCAAUACGAUGAUUGCAAUUGCUGUUGCACAGCUGCAUGUUGCUGUGUUCAACGUUUUUUACCACCUCCAAUAACUUUACCACCUACAACAACACCUCCGCCUAUAGUAUCACCUUUUUGCUGUCAAAUAGGCCUAAGUAUAUGCUGUCAACCAUCACCAACCUGUUGUACCCAAACAAAUCAAGUGUUUGAACGACAGCAGCCAAUACCUCUUAUACCACUACCACUACUACCAUCAUCAAUUCCAAUGAUUGGACAAGGAGUGACAAUACAAUUAUCACCACAAAUUGUCAAGCCAACAUGUUGUAAUUGCUGUCCAUGCUUUGGCAAUAGACGUAAACGACGGUCUCUGUUUUACAAAUAA